ACUUCAAUUCAUUCUUCCAUAACCAUUUCAACUGACCGGAGGAAACAUCACCGGCGAAAUGGACGAAUCGUGGCGCAAGAAGAUGGGUUUAAACCUUGAUCCUUUCUUCUCCAUUGCUCGCAAAUCCAUGGACGCUCGCAUCGACGCUGAAGACUUCUCCGAUGUCUUCGGCGGUCCGCCACGCAGCGUCCUCACUCGCAAAUUCUCCGGCGACUUUUCCCGUUCCGACUGUUUCUACGACGAGAUUUUCCUUCCCCCGGGGAUUCGCUCCGGCGGUACUCUCCCGUCCUCUAAAUCUCACGGCAGAAACUUGCCGGCGUUUAGGAUCCCGUCCGGCGGAGAGGGGUUUUACGACGGCGUGUUCGGCGGAGAGGGAUCCCAGAAGCAGAGCGCGGUUGCGAAAUCUAAAUCUAGGUCGAAAUCCUCGUCGGUGCUCACUUCCGAGGAGGUUAGUCCUCGUUAUCAGCCGGCGGCGGCGGGUCCCGGCGAUGAAGCCGGGUUUUCUUCUUUUACCUCUAGACUCAGACCGUUAAACGUCCCGUCGAGAAGUCAUAAGCGGGAAUCAAAGAAACAGAGUUUCCAAGCGUUUCCAACAUCCGACGACUCAUUUUCCGGCCAUGCGAACACACCGGAAAAAUCCGAUUUUUAUUACAAAAAACCACACUUCGGCGGAUCAAGAAGAUCCUCGCCGGAGACGAUGAGCUUGGAUCCAUUUUCCUUCAGGAGAAUGGAUGAUUUUGGACCGAGCUCUCCUGCGUCUUCCCCUGUUUCUUCUUUCAUCUGCGAAAGUGAGGGGAAACAAAGAAUGACCGAAGAGGAGGAAGAAGAGGAAGAAGAAGAGAUGAGCUCUUACGUGAUCGAAAUAAACUCAAAUCGGUUUGAUCGAGGAAGUGGAGGAGGAGGAGGAGGAGGAAACUCGGAUUCAAACGACAUGGAUGAAGCAAUAGCUUGGGCUAAAGAGAGGUCUCAACGACCAGAAGCAAAGCCAACAGAACAAGACUUGAUUGAUUCUAGAAGAAGCGAAGAAGAAGCCAAAUCAGAAGAAGAGUUGCAGAUGGAGAUGGAGAUUAAAGAUGAAGAAAUAAGAAUCUGGUUAACCGGAAAAGAGACCAACAUUAGACUACUACUCUCAACUUUACAUCACGUUCUAUGGUCAAAUAGCAAUUGGCAUGCGAUUCCUUUGGCAAAUCUUCGAGAUGGGUCACAAGUGAAGAAAGCUUACCAAAAAGCUCGGCUUUGUUUACAUCCUGAUAAACUUCAACAGAGAGGAGGAACUUCACCUCUUCAGAAGUCUGUCGCCAGCAGAGUAUUCUCCAUUCUUCAGGAAGCUUGGGCUGUGUAUGUAACAAAUGAAGGACUCUCAAGCUAAAACCAAAGUCUGCAAAUCAUUUUCCGGUUAAUGAUGUAAGAAGAAUAAGAAAAGGGAAAAGCAGCAGAGUUUUGUUUUCUUAAUGAUUGUAAAAGUCAUAUGAACAUUCCCAUGUGUUGUUGCAUUGUGAAUGUUUUUGUGUACAGAAAACAACAAAAUGUUCCAAAACUACUUUGAAAAACAAACUAAUGCGUAAAAAACGAGUAGAACAUGGAUAAGAAAAUAAUAGAUACAUUGUCACAUAUAUCAAAGACUUUUGUUUUCUUUCUUCGAUAUACAUAUAUUCUUCUUGUUUUUUUCUUUGUGGUUUGAUGUCGUGUAAGAGUGCGAAGAUAGAAUUUACAAUAUUUUUUUGUAGAAAAGCUAUAAAGAACAUUAGUUAGGUUACCAUCUAAUCUUUCUAUCACUCUCCGAGCCAAUUGUCAUAUUGUCUACAGUAGUACAUAGCUUAUUUUUGUUAAAGCAGCCAUAUUUAAAAGAUGUUUUGUGUUUACAAUUAAAAGAUGCUAUGUUUUUGUUUAUUUAAAUUAACUUUCAAAUCUAUUUAAGAUUUACGGAUUUUCAUUAAGUUUAAUGAUCUCAAAAUCUCUAUGAAUUUUAAUAAAUAAUUACAAAUUUGUCCAUCUUCGUUCGGAUUUAUGUCUUUGUAUUUUUAACAUAUAAAUCUUUCUCAGUUUACAAAAAUCUAUUUUAAAAUCUAAUUCAUAAUUUAAUUGAUAUAAUUGAUAACAUCAUAGUUAAACUAGUAUUUUAAAAUCGCUAAAUAAAUAACAAAUGAUUUGACACCAAUAGUUGAUAGUUUUCUAAAUUCAUUAAAAUCCAAGAACCAAUAGACCAUCUUUAAAAUAUUUGGAUGACUUUCAAAUAACAAUAAAUAUCUGUGAUUACUAGAUUGCUAGGAUAUGUAAGGAGAUAUUUCUAAUUGUUGCACUAGAUUCCAUAGAGUUCAGUUUUAAGAAAAUAGUUGUUAGUUUUAAUUAAAAAGUUGAUAUUUCUAUCUUAUAAAGAGUUUAAUUAUCUAUUGUUUCAAAAAUAUGAGUUUUAUUAAAUAUUUGAAAAUUCUUUUCUUCGGAUUUAUGUCUUUGUAUUUUUAACAUAUAAAUCUUUCUAAAUUUAAAAAGUCUAUUUUGUAAUUUAAUUUAUAUGACUGAUAACAUCAUAGUUCAAAAAUAAUAUUUCUAUUUAUAAAGAGUUUAAUUAUCUAUUGUUAAAAAAAUUAUUAAUAAAUAUUUACAAAUUUGUAUGCUUUUCUUCGGAUUUAUGUCUUUGUAUUUUUUAACAUAGAAAUAUUUCUAAAUUAAAAAAGAAAAUUAAAAUCAAUUUCUUAAUUUAAUUUAUAUGAUUGAUAACAUCAUUGUUCAACUAGUAUUAAUUUAAAAAUCACUAAAUAAAUAACAACUGAUUUUGACAGAAAUAAAUAAAAUUGCUGAUACUAUAACAGGUUGUAGAUUUUUAAAUUCAUUAAAAUACAAGAAUCAAUAACCCUCUUAUAAAAUUUUGGAUGACUUUCAAAUAACGAUGAAUAUUUAUAAUUACUAUAUAGUUAAAAUAUGCAAGGAUACAUCUCUAAUUGUUGCACUAGAUUAUAUAGAGUUUUUUUAUAGAGUUUAGUUUUUAAAAAAAAUAGCUGAUAGUUUUUGCCAAAAUUUUGAUUUUUCUAUCUUAUAUGGAGUUUUAUCAUCUACUGUUUCAAAAAGUGAUAAAUAUUUAAAAAUUUAUACGUUUUUCGAAUCUAUGUCUUUAUAUUUUUAACAUAUAAGUCUUUCUAAAUCCAUUUAAAAUUGAUUCGAUAUUUUAUUUUAUUUUGAUAACAUCAUAGUUCAACUAGUAUUAAAAUAACUAAAUAAAUAAAAAAUGGUUUUGACAAAAAAAAUUAAAAAACAUUAAUACUAUAACAUUUUUUAUUUGUAAAUUCAUUAAAAUCCAAGAACCAAUAACCCUCUUUUAAAUAUUUGGAUGAUUUUCAAAUAAUAAUAAAUAUGUAUGAUGACCAGACUGCUAAGAUAUGUAGGAGACAUCACUAAUUGUUGCACUAGAUUUCAUAGAGUUAAGUCAAAAACAAAAUUUUCAUAGUUUUUGUUAAAAAGUUGAUAUUUUAAUUUUAUAGAGAGUUUAAUUAUCUACUGUUUUAAAAAUAAUUUAAUAAAUAUUUGCAAAUUUAUACACUUUUCUUCGGAUUUAUGGCUUUGUAUUUUUGACAUAUAAAUCUUUCUAAAUCUACAAAGAUAUAUUUUAAAAUUGAUUCAUAAUUUAAUUUAUAUGAUUGAUAACUCAUAGUUAAACUAGUAUUUAAAAGUCACUAAAUAUAUAACAAAAUUCUUUGACAAAUAAAAUAAAAUCACUAAUACUGUAACAAUUUUAGAUUUCUAAAUUCAGUAAAAUCCAAGAACCAAUAACCCUCUUUUAAAUUUUAUGACUUUCAAAAACGAUAAAUAUCUAAGAUUACUAGAUGGAUUACAUAUGUAAGGAAGGGGACAUCUCUAACUGUUGCUCUAUAUUUCAAAGAGUUUAGUUAACUAAAGAGUUGAUAUAUCUAUUUUAUAAAGAGUUAAAUUAUCUAAGUGUUUCGGAUUUAUUAUAAUACAAGUCUACGGAAGUAGAAUGCAAAGUUUGUAUGAUGCUGAGAUAUUAGUUUUCCACAAUUCUGAGGAUGAUUCUUCCUUUAAUUCGUCUUUUAUAUAUACAUUUAUGGAUAUGAAUGUGGAUUUGCUCCUAAGGUGACGCUUCAAUUCAUUUUGAAACUCUUUUUGAGUUUGGUAAUUGUCGUCCGAACCUAUCUAUGAACUAUAGUGCAAGAAUUUGAGUUGUCCACGGUUAGCAGCAGUCGUUGGUAUUCAGGUAACUAAGUCUUUCCUGAACACUAACUAAAGCAUUUAUAUAUGCCCAGUGACAGUGACUUUCUCUCUCUGUCUGGUUUGUUACGUACAUUCUCUGUCUCGUAGCUCUUCCUCGAUUUGUUGGUUAAAUUUGUAUAAUAUUUUUUGUGUUACAAUGUCUAUCGAACCUCACUGUCAAAACUCAAAAGUGAAAGCCGAUUGUGUAGAAAUCGAUUCUCAAACCAACCAAAUAUGUAUUCGCACACGCAUAUGCUAUUCACAACAUUCCAAGGAAUCAGUCAAUCAAACAAGAUUUGGUAUUAUAAAAAAAAAGUACUCUCCCCAUUAUGGUUUUCAAACUUUAAGCUUUACUCCACUUCUUUAACGCUUGUAUAACUUCAAAACCCACCCAGUACUAAAGUAAAAUAUUAAACGACCAAAAUCUAUAAUU